AUGUUGUUUCUCCUCCCCAAUUGUCGCUUGCUGUGCAUUUGUCUGGCAUUUCUGUUGCCCCAUGUCGAGUGCAAUUUUCUGGAGCUGCAACGUUCAAAGCGCAUUGCCGAGGGAAUUUUGGUAACGCAACAGGAAAAAUUGCGCACCUCGGUUGUGUCGUUGCGCUCCCGUUCGCCUCAAGCCUACUUCGGGGACAAUCACUUCUGUUCGGGCUGCCUGCUGAACGAUAUGUUCAUCAUAACCUCCGCUCGGUGCGUCACACAUCCCAGCAAGACUCAGCUUCGACCACGCGAGAUUGUCAUUGUGGCCGGGACAAGCAUAAGACUGAACCACACGGUGAACACAAUCCAGCUGGUGGUUACGUUCUCGGCGGUUCAUGUCAAUUUCACCAUGUACAAUUACAAUGACAUUGCGCUGCUGCGCACGGAGACUGUGGAGCAGGGCAACCUCUUUGUGAAUGUCUUGCCAUCGCUGGUGUUGCCACCGCCCUAUGGCACGCAUUGCACGGUGAUGGGCUGGGGGCGACUCUUCAAGGAUGGACCCUUGGCCUCCACUUUAACCAUGCUGGACGUGGAGCUCUAUACGCCGGAGCAGUGUCGCCAGCUGAUACCACAAUUCGGAGCUGAUAUGCUGUGCGCCGGCAAUCUGAACGAGCCGAAUGUGGUGCCUGUGGGUCCGUGUCCCGGCGACACGGGUGGCCCGCUCUUUUGCAAUGGCUCACUUACUGGCAUCGUCUCGUAUACGCUGGGCUGUGCUCAGCGUGACUUUCCCAGCAUCUACACGAAUGUCCAUCAUCAUCUGGACUGGAUAUACGAGUAUCUCGAUCGCGGCGGGCAGCCAAAGCUGUUGCACUUGCAAGUGCAUCAACUGCUCUUGCUGCUGUUGCUUUAUUGUGUAGCUUAGUUGUUGGCAGAGGCAACAGCAGUAGCAGCAGUGGCAGCAUGUUGCCACAAAUCAAAUUAAAAAUGACCAGAGAGCAACAGUAGCAGCAGCCAUUCAAGCUGUCAAUUCAUCCACAAAAACGACCUCAAGUUGUCCAACCAAAUACAACCAGUCAGCGCGCCUGUUUGGCUGCCAACAACUAAAAACGGCCGUUUGCUCAGCCUCUAUUGCCUAUCGUGUGCGGCAUGCCACCUGCUACCUGCCACUUGUGUCGAUUGGUUUUUCAAAAAACGUUGUUGGCUUUGGCGCUGUUGUUUGUUGUUGUUGACCUGGCAACAUCGCCGUGCGCUUCGCUCCGAGAUUGCGAAACUGACUGAAGACUAGAAAUUGCCAACUGCCGAAACUGGGUAGCAGAGGCAACUGGCAAACUUGCAAUUGGCAAGUGGCAACUGGGCUAUUCUGUGUUCUUAAUUACCACAAACUGAGGCCGCGUCUGGUGUGGCUUUCGAGCGCCUUAAUUGGCAGCGCAAUCUCAAAAAAAAAAGCAAGAAAUAAAGAACUCGAAUUUAGACGUUGCCAAGCAACCGGCGCAAGGCGAAGCCAAGUGGCUGCCACAAAAUGUGGAUACUCUGUAAAAUGUUGACCUUUUGUGACCUGCCCAAAAUGAAAGAUAAACUGUAAAUGCUUGCUAUACAUGCAUUUGCAGCCUAAA